AUGGCGACUCCAGAACCAGCGCCUGCCUCCACCCCGUUCACUUUCCCGUCGACCUACAAUUUCCCGCCGUUCUUCACCCCGCAGCCUAACAGCAACACCCGCCAGGCCCAGCUCGAGAAGUGGUCUUCGCUCAUCCAGUCCUGGUGUAAGCAUCACCGCCAAUACAAACUUUCUCUCGUCGAAGCUAUCGAUACGCCUCUCUUCCACAAUGCUACGCUGCGCAAGCGUCUGGAUCUUCGCGAAGCCCGUGCCGUGAUCGACUGGAUGGCCAAGAGCGAAGCGGAGGGUGGUGGCGGCCGGCGCGCAGAGUGGAUCGAUGCAGCAUCAACGGGGAAUCAAGUAGCGUGGAUCUGGUGGCGAAGGCCCGAAGAGUGGGCCGAUAUCGUCGGGGAUUGGGUGGACGGGACAGGGCAGCGAGGGGCUGUGCUGACGGUUUACGAACUGCUGGAGGGGGAUGCGACCGUUUCUCAAGAGUUUCAUGGCAUGGAUGCCGAAGCUAUGCGGAAGGCACUCAAUGUCCUCGUCAAGCGCGGCAAAGCUCAAGUCUUUGGCGAGGAAGGCCAAGAAGGUGUCAAGUUCUUCUGA